UCUUAUAUCUGGUUUUACUCAAACACGCACAUGACCUUUUGACACAAAACAAAAGAAUAUUUCUCUUUCUUAUCUAUUAGUUAGUAUUAAUUAUUACUAUUUAUUCAAAAUUAGAAUUUUUUUUAAUUUAUUUAAAAAGAAUGGUACUUUGUUUUUGUUGUUGUUGUUGAUGCUAUUGCUGUCGCCACCCAUUACGAAUUGUAGACUUCUUCUUCCCCAAUUUUCUUUGCAUUCUCCGUCUUCUCUCUCCAAAACAAUGCCUUUGACUUUGUUCAAUUCGUCCUUGUUGUCUUUAAAAAACACGCGUCCUAGCUCAUUGUAUAACAACCACCAUUGUCAUUUUUCUCACAACAAAAACACCUUACGUAUUUCAUUUCUCUUUUUCUUCUCCUAUAUUACUCUCCCUCUCUCUCUAACCUGACCCGGGAUACAAGCAAAAGUAAGUUCUAACAACCUUUAAAGUUUCUCACUUUCUCUAGAUUCUUUUGUGUACAAUAGUUAUCUAAACACCUAUGAUUGGUUUGGUUUUUGUUUUCUUUGCCUAUAUACAACCAGUGUUGUAGUUGUGGGGUUUACUUGUUUUCUUCAAUUUCUGUUGCUGUUGUUGUAAAAUUUGUAAACUUUGGUUAAAAUUACCAUCUGGGUGAUUACCAAAAUAGAAAAUUACCAUCUGGGUCUUUCAUGAAUUUGUUGAUUAUUGACUCUGUAAAGCUCAGGAGGUCUCUGAUCCUCUCAGAUCAUGGCCUCUGAGCGUCCCCUUUUGAUUCCAUCUCCUAGAGUUCCUAAUACCCAAGAUUUAUUCACUGUACCCGUUUUGUUAGAUCUAUUUAAAUCCAAUUCUGGCCGCCGUGUAUCGUUUUCCGGGAUGGAAACGAAAAACCCAGCUGAGAAUUCAUCAAGUGUGGAAGGAACACUCAAUUCCUCCUCAUCAAGAAGAAGUAUUUUGUCCACUCAUUCCAAGGCCUCGGGCGGAGGCGGGAAUUCCAUUAGGGAAGUGACUUUUGCUGAUUUGGGGUCCAAGCCGGUGAGACAUGGCUCAAGAGGGGCUGAUUCUGAAGGGCUUAGUGCGUCCCAGAAGGAAAUUAGUGAUGAAGAUGCAAGGUUGAUUUAUAUAAAUGAUCCUGUGAAGACAAAUGAGAAGUUUGAAUUUGCUGGGAAUUCCGUAAGGACUUCCAAGUAUUCGUUUAUUACUUUUUUUCCAAAGAAUAUUUUUGAACAAUUUCAUAGAGUUGCAUACAUAUAUUUCCUUGUGAUUGCUGUACUUAAUCAGCUCCCCCAGCUGGCUGUUUUUGGCCGGGGAGUCUCAGUUUUGCCGUUGGCCUUUGUUCUAUCAGUUACGGCGAUUAAAGAUGCCUAUGAGGACUAUAGACGGCAUAGGUCAGACAGAAUUGAGAAUAACCGGUUAGCAUCUGUUCUUGUUAAUAAUCAGUUCCAACCAAAAAAAUGGAAGGAUAUCAGAGUUGGUGAAAUCAUCAAAAUUCAUGCAGGCGAAACUCUUCCUUGUGAUAUGGUGCUGCUCUCCACUAGUGACCCGACUGGAGUUGCGUAUGUGCAGACAGUUAAUUUGGAUGGGGAGUCAAAUUUGAAGACUCGGUAUGCAAAACAAGAGACCCUAUUUAAGAUGCCUGAAAAGGAGAAAGUUACUGGAUUGAUUAAGUGUGAGAAACCGAAUAGGAAUAUUUAUGGUUUUCAUGCAAACAUGGAAGUUGAUGGGAAGAGGCUGUCACUUGGACCGUCUAAUAUUAUUCUUCGAGGCUGUGAGCUCAAGAAUACUGAAUGGGGCAUUGGGGUUGCGGUGUAUGCUGGGCGUGAGACCAAAGCUAUGCUCAACAACUCAGGAGCUCCAUCUAAGAGGAGUCGGCUUGAGACCCAUAUGAACAUUGAGAUCAUAAUACUCUCUUUGUUUCUUAUUACUUUGUGUACUAUUGUCUCUGCCUGUGCCCUUGCUUGGUUGCUGCGCCACAAGAACGAAUUAAAUUACUUACCUUAUUACAGAAAAAAGGAUUCUGCGGGGGAAGACUAUAACUAUUAUAAUGUGGGAUUGGAGAUUUUAUUCACAUUCCUCAUGUCAGUUAUUGUGUUCCAGAUCAUGAUCCCAAUUUCUCUAUACAUUUCCAUGGAGCUUGUUCGUGUUGGUCAGGCUUACUUCAUGAUCCGAGAUACCAAAAUGUAUGAUGAGGCAUCAAAUUCAAGAUUUCAGUGCAGGUCUUUGAAUAUAAAUGAAGAUUUAGGACAAAUAAAAUAUGUAUUCUCAGAUAAAACUGGUACACUCACAGAGAACAAGAUGGAAUUUCAACGUGUAAGCAUAUGGGGAGUAGAUUACAGUGGUGCUAAGUCUCAAAUUGAGCCAGUUGGAUACUCUGUUCAAGUGGAGGGGAAGGUCAUAAAGCCAAAGAUGAACGUCAAGACUGACCCAGAACUUUUACAAUUAUCAGAAAGAAGAAAUGACACAAAAGAAGGCAGACAUGUUUAUGAUUUCUUCCUUGCAUUAGCUGCAUGCAAUACAAUUGUGCCUCUUGUUACAGACACGUCUGAUCCUACUGAGAAGAUGAUAGAUUACCAAGGGGAGUCUCCUGAUGAACAAGCAUUGGUGUAUGCUGCUGCUGCCUACGGUUUUAUGCUUAUAGAACGAACCUCUGGCUAUAUAGUUAUCGAUAUUCAAGGAGAAAGGCAAAGGUUCAAUGUUUUGGGUUUGCAUGAGUUUGAUAGUGAUCGGAAGAGGAUGUCAGUUAUAUUGGGCUGCCCUGACAAGAGUGUGAAAGUCUUUGUUAAAGGUGCUGACACAUCCAUGUUUGGUGUGAUAGAUAAAUCUUUGAACAUGAACAUACUGCGUGCAACUGAAUCCCAUCUUCAUGAUUACUCCUCACUGGGUUUGAGGACACUUGUUGUUGGGAUGCGGCAGCUGAGUGCUUCAGAAUUCGAGCGGUGGCAUUCUUCCUUUGAGGAAGCAAGCACUGCUGUAAUUGGUAGAGCUGCUUUGCUUCGAAAGGUUGCUAGUGCUGUUGAGAACAAUCUGUGCAUACUGGGUGCCUCUGCUAUUGAAGAUAAACUGCAACAAGGGGUGCCAGAAGCCAUAGAAUCUCUCAGAAUAGCAGGGGUUAAAGUAUGGGUUUUGACUGGGGACAAGCAAGAAACUGCCAUAUCAAUUGGGUACUCCUCCAAGCUCCUGACAAGCAAGAUGACCCAGAUAGUAAUUAAUAACAAUUCUAAAGAGUCAUGUAGAAAGAGUUUGGAAGAUGCCAUUGUCAUGUCUAAGAAGCUCAUGACUGUUAAUGGGGUCACAGACAAUACCGGAGGAAGUUCUGAAGCUAGUCCAACUCCAGUGGCCUUGAUUAUUGAUGGUACCAGCCUUGUUUAUAUUCUUGACAGUGAACUUGAAGAACAGCUCUUUCAACUGGCUAGUAAAUGUUCUGUGGUGCUAUGUUGUCGAGUGGCUCCAUUGCAAAAGGCUGGAAUAGUAGCCCUUGUGAAGAACAGGACUGCUGACAUGACACUUGCCAUUGGGGAUGGUGCCAAUGAUGUUUCAAUGAUCCAAAUGGCUGAUGUGGGAAUUGGAAUCAGUGGCCAAGAGGGUAGGCAAGCUGUAAUGGCAUCAGAUUUUGCGAUGGGGCAGUUCAGGUUCUUAGUUCACCUUUUAUUGGUCCAUGGGCAUUGGAAUUACCAGCGGAUGGGCUACAUGAUAUUAUAUAACUUUUACAGGAAUGCAGUGAUGGUUUUUUUAUUAUUUUGGUUUGUGCUCUGUACUGCUUUCACCUUGACAACUGCAAUUAGUGAAUGGAGCAGCAUGUUGUAUUCUAUAAUCUAUACUUCAUUGCCUACUAUUGUUGUUGGAAUUCUUGACAAGGACCUAAGUAGGAGGACUCUUCUAAAGUAUCCUCAGCUUUAUGGGGCUGGGCAAAGGCAUGAGUGCUACAACGCAAAGUUGUUUUGGUUAACAAUGGUUGACACUCUCUGGCAAAGUGCAGCUAUCUUCUUUAUCCCUCUCUUAGCAUAUUGGGGUAGUAGCAUUGAUAUAUCAAGUCUAGGAGAUCUUUGGAUACUUGCAGUGGUUAUAUUGGUUAAUCUACACUUGGCCAUUGACGUUAUCAGGUGGACUUGGACUACUCAUGCAGUCAUUUGGGGUUCUAUAAUUGCUACUUUCAUUUGUGUCACUGUCAUUGAUGCUUUACCCUCUCUUAUUGGUUACUGGGCAAUUUUUGAUGUCGCGAAAACUGCAACGUUUUGGUUAUGCUUGCUUGCAAGUGUCAUAGUAGGCCUAAUUCCUCGUUUUGUUGUAAAAUACCUUUAUCAAUAUUAUAGUCCUUGCGAUGUUCAGAUCGCAAGAGAAGCUGAGAAGUUUGGGAAUCUGAGGGAGGUUGGAGAUGUACAAAUAGAAAUGAGUGCUAUCCUGGGUCCUCAACGGAGAUGACAAGAUGAUUUUGUUCCUUUUUGCAUAUUCUUUUCUUUUGUAAAGUAUCCUAUUCUUUAGGCUGCUUCAGAGUAUCUCUCUUAGUUGCCGGAUUUUUAUUGUUUGCUAUCCGAAGGAUAGAUUUUUUCUAACAUGUUGUAUUUUGUUCUGUUGUAUCAAUCGAGUUAUCCAAUGUAAAUUAGCGUUUUUUUAGUACAGAAAAAUUAGACACUUGUUACAAGAAUUUUAUCAAGAAAGAUUUUGAUACGAAUUUCA